AUGUCAGUCCACCCAAUCCCUCCUAUUCAAAUUGCUGCUGUUAUCGCGUCCACGAGUACCUCUGUCUCCGCAAAGGUUGGGAUCAAGAGCAAUCACCCGGUGCCAACUCCGGGAAAAGGUGAAAUCCUUGUCAAGCUCGAGUUUUCUGGAAUUGAGCGCAGCUCGGAACUCCUACUCACAUUUGUCGUUGAUUUUUUAGUCGGUCCAGAAGUUGACGAGAAACAAUGGAUGGGCACGCGAGUUGGUAUCAGGUCUGUCUUCUUCAUCCAAAUCGAUGGCUCUACAGCUCUUGUCGCCAGUGUGAAGUUUGUGAAAUCAACCAUACCGUAUGCCCGUAUCAGAAGAACGCUGGUGCAGGGAAUUCAAAUUGCCGCUAAGAAGGGCCUUAGGGUCAUUGCGAUUGACAGCGGAGAUAAGAAAAAAGAACUAUGCCUUUCGCUUGGAGCUACGGACUUCCUGGACUACAACGAAGUAGACAUUGUCCAGGCAGUCAAAACCAAGACAAUCUUCGGUGUCCAUGCUGUCAUCUGCACUGCCAACAGCGAGCGAGCAUACGAACAAGGUGUGCAGAUGUUGCGUCCCUUCGGGACGCUGGUCUGUGUCGGUAUUCCCAACAAGCCAUUCAAGCUGCCAGCCACGCCAUUCGAUAUGAUUGUCAAGGGUCUCACUGUUGUCGGAAACUCCGCAGGAACAGCGGAUGAGAUGGAUGAAAUGCUGGCUAUGGCCGUGUCUGGCGAUGUGAAGGCGCAGAUUGACAUCUUUGACUUGGACGAUAUCAAUGAUGUGUUGGACCGCCUAGAGCGCUCUGAUAUUGAUGGCAGAGUGGUGUUGAGAAUCCCCCAAUAG